GCCUCCAGCUCGGGUAUAGAGAGUGUCUCUCUUCUUCUGGUAUCACUAGACUAGCACUGCUUGUAACUUGUAAAAAUAUAUUUGCAUUCAUUUGUUGCUAAAACUUCGUUGAAGUUGAUUUGACUGCGUCUGAACUGGUGCUGGACAGAAGGAGCCUCGCCGAGCCCUUGCGUCGGUUUAUUUAGUAGUAAAGAGUUUGCAGAACAUUUCGAUCACUAUGUCUGACACGCAGCAGAGCAAAAGCUGCCCCAUUCCCACGCGUGUCCUGCACCUCAAAGACUGGUCUCAACUACCGGACUGCUACAGUCAAACCCCCGGAGGAACUCUAUUCUCCACCACACCAGGAGGAACUCGGAUCAUUUACGACAGAAAGUUCCUCCUCGACUGUAGAAACUCUCCUAUCGCCCGGACCCCGCCCUGCUGUUUGCCCCAGAUUCCUGGGGUAACCGUUCCUUCACACCAUCCCAUGUCCAAACUUCAGGAUCUCAAAGAGGAACUGGAGGAGGAAAAGAAUCUGGCAGCUGAUGAAAGCCAGUUUGAGAUGGACAUCUGAAUCAUUCAUCUACCUCCUGUGGAGAAUUCCUCAAAAUGUGCUGGGACGUUACUGGGACGAUCAGCAGAUGUCCCUAAUUUACUAGAUUACAUAGCUUUUAAAGAGCUAAACACCCAAAGAGUGUUUUAUUCUUUUGUUUGAAAGUAUUUGAUAUCAGUUUACCGGACACAAAGUGGUUGUUUAUCAGUGGCGUUGUUUUGAAAACUCUUUAUUGUACAUUUGGUACUUUCUACUUUUUUUUAAUAAGACAAUGUAGCCUUACAUUUGAGUUGGGUUCAACACCGUGGCAAAAUCUCUUCCCUUUGAGCAAUAUAUGAGCAAACGUGAUUGUUUAUUGGUAAGGGUUGACUUGAUGCCAAAUGAAUGUCUGUAGCAGAAGAUGGUGUUUCAGCUGAAAUCGCACAUCAGAAGAUAAAUGUACCAGCAUGUGCCCUCAGGGUUUCCCUGGUGUUUCAAUUGCCUGGAUUUCCUCAGGUUUUAUUUUUUUGAUUUAAAUAAAUGACACACUUACA